AAGGAAGCCCUUUCUUCUGCUGCUUUCCCUUUGCCAGGGAACCGGCUUUGUGUGACUCAGAGGUGAAGGCUGAGGUUCCCUCUUCUCUCCAGAGAGUCCCUCCCAGCCCCCAGCCUUUAUCUCACAUGCUGUGCAAGCUAUUUGCAGAGAGCCGGUAUAAAGAGGCUGGCAGGCUGGUGCCUGAGGGAGCAAGAAAGGGCACAAAACCAGCCUCUGCCCCACUUGUGUGCCAGCUACCUCUAAGCAGCAUGGGGAAGGACCAGUUUGCUGUGGGACUGAGGAUCUUGCUCCUUCUCUUGUUCCUGAUUCCUGGAGAGGCUUCAACAUCGACCCCAGAACCCCAAUACCUGGUGUUGGUACCGUUUCUGAUCCAUGCUGAGACCUCUGAGAAGAUCUGUGUCCAUCUGAGCCACUUGAAUGAAUCUGUGUCUCUAAGCAUCACUUGGGAAUAUGAAGGACAGAACAGGAGCCUGAUCGAUAACGUGUUGGCUGAGAAGGACUUCUUUGGGUGCAUCCCAUUCACAGUUCCCAGGUGGAACGGUUCAUCUGUAGUGCUCCUCAGAGUGGUGGUGAAAGGGCCAACACACGAAUUUAGAAGCCAAAAAAUGGUGCUGGUCAAGAACCUGGAGAGCCUGGCCUUUGUCCAGACUGACAAAGCCAUCUACAGGCCAGGGCAGAAAGUUCUGUUUAGAAUAAUCUCUCUGAAUGAAGAUUUCCUUCCUCUGAAUGAGAAGUUUCCUUUGGUUUACAUCGAGGACCCCUACGGAAACCGCUUAAUUCAGUGGCAAGCUGUCCAGCUGCAGAACGGCUUCACCCGGCUCUCCUUUCCUCUCACUUUUGAGCCUAUCCACGGUACCUACAAGGUGGUGGUACAGAAACUUUUUGGAAACAACAUAGAACACCGAUUUGAAGUAGAUGAAGAUGAGCUGCCCAAAUAUGAGGUCUCCGUGAAGUUGCCCAGGAUCAUAACAAUUUACACUGAGGAACUAAAAGUGACUGCCUGUGGAACGUAUACCUAUGGGAAGCCAAUCCCUGGCCUGGUGAAGGUUAGCGUCUGCCGGAAAUAUGCUGAAAGCAGAUCCCAAUGUAGUAGAAGAAUGCCAGAGGCUAUAUGUAAAGACUUCAGCGGUGAGACAGAUGCACAUGGAUGUCUCACUCGGGUAGUGAAAACAAACAUAUUUGAGUUGAAGAGGAAAGGAUACGACAUGAGCAUCCAGGUGACUGCCGAGCUCAUAGAAGAAGGCACAGGGCUGGAAUUAACAGGCUUCAGUUCCACUGAGAUUACCUCCACUCUCAGCAAAGUUACCUUUGAAGAACUGGAUUCUUAUUACAAGCCUGGGCUCCCCCUUUUUGUGAGGGUGAAACUGGUAGAUAGCAUCGGUGUGCCAAUGGCCAAUGAAACAAUCCAGAUUCGUAUUGCGAUGCCUCCGUACAGCGCCAGCUACAAAACUGAUGGCCAUGGGAAAGCACGGUUUUUCAUCAACACUGACAAUUUCACAGAACAGAGUAUUCACGUAGAGGCACUUUAUAAAUCGCCAGAAUACUGUUACGAUAUGAACUGGGUCACGCCUUCUCAUCAAAGUGCAACUAAAACAGCAUUUUAUCACUAUUCACCAAGUAAAAGCUACAUCCAUAUUGAUUCUGUUCCUGAGACCUUAAGCUGUGGGCAUAUUCAGCCACUCAAAGUAUAUUACAUCUUAAAUCUGGAUGCUGUAGCAGAGAAGAUUCACUUCUAUUAUUUGGUGAUGGCCAAGGGAGGUAUUGUGGAAUCUGGGAUCCAUGCAGAGCCUGUGGAGAAUGGAAAAGCCAAAGGAAUGUUUCUUCUGGAUCUCUCUGUGGACAUCAAAACUGCUCCUGUAUUGAACUUGUUUCUAUAUGUCAUUCUGCCCAGUGGAGAACUUGUUGCUGACACUAUAGAAUUUGCUGUUGAAAACUGCUUUUCAAAUAAGGUGAAAUUGUCGUUUUCGGCUGCCGAAGGCCUGCCCAACAGCAAGACACAGCUCCAUCUUGCGGCCUACAAAGAUUCCCUUUGUGCUAUCCGUGCUGUUGAUAAGAGCGUUCUGAAACCUGAAGCUGAGCUCUCACCUCGUACUGUCUAUAAUUUGCUUCCUGUGAAGAACCUUAGAGGUUAUUCCUACCAGAACCACCGUUUGGAUGAACCAAAUAUGGAGCAGUGUGUGACUCCCAAACAUACUAUUGUGGAUGGCAUUCACUACAGUCCUUUUUCACAUGGUAAAGGUGACCCCUAUGAACUCAUGAAGGACUUUGGCCUUAAAGUUUUUACUAAUAUCAAGAUCCGUUGGCCUGAGUUCUGCAACACAGUUUUAAAUAGAGGUGGAGUUCCAGGUUUUCAAAGCGUAAGAAUGAGCUACGAACAUCCAGCAUCUCCCGUGGUAAGGGCAGGAGCACCUAUGGACAGGACCCUUUCCCCCGAGACGUGGCUUUGGUUGGAAGCCUCAGUCAAUUCUGACGGACAGGCGGACGUGCCCGUGACCAUUCCAGACACCAUCACAGAGUGGAACGCAGGCGCCUUCUGUACAUCGGCGGAGGCAGGCUUCGGCCUCUCCCAGACUGUCUCCAUCAAGACCUCCCAACCCUUCUUCCUGGAAGUCUCCUUGCCUUACUCGGUUGUGCGGGGUGAAGCCUUUGUCCUGAAGGCCACAGUCUUCACCUAUCUCCAGCACUGCAUCAGAGUGGCCAUAUCCUUGGCUCCCUCUGUGGACUUUGUGGCUUCCCCUCUGGAGAAUGAGGAAGAAUCUUACUGUCUGUGUAUGAGUGAAAGGCAAAUGGUGUCCUGGACAGUUACACCAAAAUCUUUGGGUGAAGUGAAUGUUACAGUGAGUGCUGAGUCGAUAAAAUCUGAAAAGCUGUGUGGGAACGAAAUAGUGAAGAUCCCCAGCGAAGGACAAACAGACACUGUGAUCAAGUCAUUUUUAGUUGAGCCUGAAGGAGUCGAGAACGAGGCGGUCUUCAACAACGUGAUCUGUAGAACUGGAGACUCCGAAGCACCUGUUUCCUUGACGGUUCCAGAAAAUGUGGUUGAGGGCUCAGCCAGGGCCUAUUUCUGUGUGCUUGGUGAUAUCCUGGGCACAGCCUUACAGAACUUGCAGCAGCUGCUCCGACUUCCCUAUGGAUGUGGAGAGCAGAACAUGGUCCUCUUUGCACCCAACAUCUACAUCCUGGACUAUCUGAACAAGACGGAGCAACUGACUGAGGAGACCAGAUCCAAGGCCAUUGGCUACCUGGUUGCUGGCUACCAGCGGCAGCUAAAAUACAAGCACACUGACGGCUCUUAUAGCACCUUUGGACUACGUCACCAUGUGCAAGGAAACACGUGGCUGACCGCUUUUGUGCUCAAGUCCUUUGCACAGGCCCGUCCCUACAUCUUUGUUGAAGACCAGCUCAUCACGGAUGCUCAGGCCUCCUUGGCUUCCAGGCAGAAGGAGAACGGCUGCUUCCAAAGCUCUGGACACCUCCUGAACAAUGCCAUCAAGGGCGGGGUUGAUGAUGAAGUCACUCUGUCUGCUUAUAUCACAAUCGCUCUGCUGGAGAUUCCUUUGCCCGUCUCUCACCCUGUUGUGCGCAAUGCUCUCUUUUGCUUGGAGACUGCGGCCCAGGCAGAAGACAUCCACGUCUACACCCGGGCUCUGUUGGCCUAUGCCUUUGCCUUGGCAGGGAAAGAGGAGAAGAAGAAAGAGAUGCUGUCCUCCCUUGAGGAGGCAGCUGUAAAAGAAGGAGAUGGCUCCAUGCAUUGGCAGAGGCCUGGCAGACAACAGGAGGAGCACCAUGGGCAAUUCUAUCAGCUCCGGGCUCCCUCUGCAGAGAUAGAGAUGACAGCUUACGUGCUCCUUGCUCACCUCACCGAAGGGCCAGUGCUAUCCAGGGAGGCUCUGACAACAGCAUCCAAGAUUGUCAAAUGGCUCAGCAGGCAGCAGAAUCCCACAGGGGGGUUCUCAUCUACCCAGGACACCGUGGUUGCCCUGCAGGCCCUCUCCCUGUACGGGGCUUCCACCUACUCCAAGACUGAUGCACAAGCAGAAGCAAAACUGCUCUCUGGGAAGGAAGUCCAGCACCAGUUUCAGGUGGACAAACACAACCGCUUGCUGCUUCAGUGCGGAGCUGUGGCCAAAGUGCCAGGAGACUACAGCGUGCAAGUGACGGGAGAAGGGUGUGUCUACGCGCAGACCACCUUGAAAUACAAUGUGCAGCCCCGCCACGAGGGCGAAACUUUCGCACUGGAGGUGCACACAGUUCCUGAGACGUGUACAGGACCUAAAGCCAACGUAGUGUUUGAUGUGGCUAUCAAUGUCAGCUACACCGGCAAGCGCCCAUCCUCUAACAUGGCAAUCAUUGAUGUUAAGAUGCUGUCAGGAUUCAUUCCAGUGAAAUCAUCAGUGAAAAAACUAGAAAUGCCCAAGAUGAUCAAGCAGACAGAAGAGAGAAGAGGUGAUAUCAUCAUAGGGUCCAUAUUGCUGGAAGUAACGGAGGUCAAGCGGACAGAAGUGAGCACCAAUCACGUCCUACUGUACUUGGAACAGAUAAGCAAUGUGACUCAGAGCUACUCCUUCACGGUGGAGAGGGAGGCGCCCGUUCAGGAUCUGAAGCCUGCCUUGGUGAAAGUCUAUGAUUACUACGAAACAGGUGACUCUGCCGUGGCUGAGUACAACGCCCCCUGCAGUACAGGUGAGAUUAAACAGAAGACUGCAUGAUGAAUGAAGAGAUCCAAAGUUCCCAUUCUGGUUCUUGUUUAAAUUUUUCUUCCACUGAAUGAUGAAGACUACCAAAGAUAAAGAGGAAAGGCCCUUUCCCAAAUUUCCUCUGCUUGCCUGCCCCAUAUUGUGUUACCAGUUUAUAAACUGACCAUCAUAAGCCUCACCCAACUGUGGCUUUACCCAAAGAACUGUUAGUGUAAAAUAACGCUGUGGAAUAAACGCUGAGCUGAUUAGAGAGGCAAAAGCUUUAUUUGAGGAAGUUACAUACUUGAGGGAAAGAGGGAGAGAGAGAGACCCUAGCUAUCUGACUACAUCUUACAGAGAGAAGUGUGGCAGGAGAGAGAAGAAGCAGGAUAUUGCCCUGUUAGGCCCAAUAGGAGACAAGACAAGGAAAUGACCCCCAGGAAACAAGAGAGGUGCUGCUCUCACUGUCCUAAGUGAUCCUUGCUGCCCCCUGCAUGGUAGGCUCUUCUUCCUUCUUGCUGCUGCAGUACACCAGACAUUGCUAUUUCCAACACCCCUUCUCAAUGUCUAGUGUACAAAGUCCACAAAGUUCAGUCUUUCACGUAGACUUUGGAAUUUCUCUUUGGCAAGUGUCUUGGUGAGGAUGUCUGCUAUCAUUUCUUCUGUAGGGCAGUACUGUAGCUCAACAAGCCCUUCUUGCAUAUUUCUCACAAUGUGAUUCUUUAUGUCAAUGUGCUUGGUUCUUGAUCCAAUUCUUUCUGUAUUUGCAAGCUUUAUGCAAGUUUGAUUAUCUUCAAAGAGUUGUAUAGGUUUGGGUUCAUUUAUCCCAAAGUCUUCUGAUAGUUGUAGAAUCCACUUGAGUUCUUGGCAUGCUUCUGCUGCUGAUAUGUAUUCAGCUUCUGUAGUUGAUGCCACUACAAGGUCUUGCUUUCUGCUUGUCCAACUGAUUGCUCCUCCACCAUAAAAGAAUACUCGUCCACUGGUAGACUUUCUGUCUGUGAUGUCUUCUGCCCAGUCAGCAUCCAUGAAUCCCACUAGUCUGGGAUUGUCGCUUGCUGGUAGCUUGAGCUUCAGUUGUGCAGUACCUCUCAGGUAUCUUGCCAGUCUUUUGACUGCUUGCCAGUCAUUCACACUUGGUGAUGCACUUUUCCUGCACGGUAUUCCAACUGCUGCUGCUAUGUCAGGUCUGGUUACUGUACUUAUGUAGAGCAGUUUUCCAGUUGCUUCUCUGUACACUUUGAUGUUUCUCAAAGGUUCAUUGUUUCCAUUUUGUUUCAGGAAAUCUGUUUCCAUUGGAGUACAUGUUGGUUUUCCAUCUUUCAUAUCCAUGUAGUCUAGGAAAUCCAUGAUCUUUUGCUUUUGAUUGAGAAGAUAGCUUCCAUCUUCCUCUCACUCUAAUUGAACGCCAAGGUAAAAACUGACAUUUCCAAGACGCUUUACUUCAACCUCUUGGUUCAGGUGCUGAAUUAUUUCAUCACAAUCUUGUUGAUCCUCAUAACAAAGGAGAAGAUCAUCUACAUAAAUCAGAAUAAAAGUCCAUUUGUUGUCUUUCUUUCUUGAGUACAGGCAGCGUUCUGCCCCACCUUGCUUGAAUCCUUCUUUGAUGAGCAUUUGGUUCAGUUUCUGGUUCCAGGUCCUUGCAGCCUGUUUCAGUCCAUAAAUGCUCUUCUGCAGUUUGCAUACAAGUCCUCUGUCUUUGGACUGUUCAGAUCCUGGAGGCUGUGUCAUAUACACGUCUUCUUCCAGCUCUCCAUGAAGAAAAGCAGUUUUCACAUCCAGAUGCUCCAUGUGCAUCUUCCUUGCGGCUGCUAUGCUCAGUAGUGUUCUUACUGAAGUGUGUUUUCACUACUGGUGCAAAGGUUUCAUCAUAGUCUUCCCAGCUAGAAGGUUCUGGUACAGCUUCUGUUUUUGCCAGGUAAGAGAAUUUCAGCAGUGGAACUCCUUUGUUUGUUCUGUCUGAGUGUCUGACACUUGGCUCUGCUUCCCCUUCUCUUUCUGUGGGCUCUGCAGGUGUCUCUUGCGUCUCAGUCAGGUCCCAGAGUUGCACAAUUUCUGGCUGCUGUGCUGCAUCAGCUUCCUUUGGUGUAGACCCUCUGGUGUCAGGCUUGCUGGCCUUCUUUUCGUCAAUGUACACCACAUGGCGGAUCUUCACCAUGUCUGUCUUUGGGUUGAGGAUUCGAUACCCCUUGCAUCCCAGUGCAUAUCCAACAAAUAUGCCUUCUUCUGUUCUGAGAUCCAUCUUAGACCUCUUCUCCUUUGGAACAUAAGUGUAGGCCUUUGAUCCAAACACUCUCAGAUGCCUUACAUUGGGCUUGUGGUUGUACCACAGUUCAAAUGGUGUGCUGCUUGUACCCUUUGUAGGUAGCAUGUUCUGCAGAUAGGCAGCAGUGUUGAUAGCUUCUCCCCAAUAUUUUUGAGGUAGCUGUGCUUCUUGCAGCAUGCUUCUGCACAUUUCUGUGAGAGAACGAUUUUUCCUCUCUGCGAUCCCGUUGAGUUCGGGUGUAUGCCACGGUCAGGUGAUGCUCUAUUCCUUCAGCUGCUAGGAAGCUUGUCAUCUCCUUCCCCACGUACUUGCCUCCAUUGUCUGUGCGGAUAGCCAUUGGUUUUCUCUGGAAUCUGUUCUGCACCAUUGCUAGGUACACCUUGAAUUUUUCCAGUACUUGGCUCUUUUCUUUGAGCAGGUAAAUCACAGUAAAUCUUGAAAAAUCAUCAGUAAAAGUCAGAAAGUACUUACUUCCACUGGGUUUUACUGUUCCCAUGGGUCCACAGACAUCACUGUGAAUCAGCUCCAGUGGUCUUGUGGUUUGCUUCUCACUCUGCUUGGUGAAAGAAGAUCUUGUGCCUUUGGCUUGAAUACAGCAAACACAUUUCUCUGCAUCAGGACAUUUUCUCAUUUGCAAAUCAUUAGUCAGAUUCUGCCUUUCAAGCUGAUAUAUAUAAUCCAUAUUAGCAUGUCCAAGCCUUCUAUGGAUAAGAUUAGUACAAUUCUUGUGGGUGCAGUUUUUAAAUAAAUUCAUUGCCCCUUCAGAGCAAUCCAGCAUAUACAGGCCAUCCUUUAAUGUGCCUUGUGCAAUUAAUUCACCUUCAUUGAUAAUAAAACAUUUCUCUCCUUUGAAUACAGUCUCAAUGCCCUUUUUCGCCAUCAUAGAUACAGAUAAUAAGUUAGUUUUAAGUUCAGGUAUGUAGAGACAAUCAGCAAUCUGCACUUCUCUAGUCUGGCCACUGGGUAGCGAACAACAUGCAGAUACGGUCCCUUGUCCCCGAGCUGUUAAAGCUUCUCCAUUUGCAGUAUACAAUUUUUCAUGACAUGUAUUCAUCUCAUCAAAAAAUUUUCCUCGUUGCAUAGAUGGUUAGUGCAUGCACUGUCAAUUGCCCAUUUGUAUAUACUUUGAUCAUUUUUACCAACAUUUAAACAGUCCUUGUUCGAUUUUCCCCUCGUUAGGCUAGCGGAAUUCGGCAAGCUAUUAACUCGAUCUGCAUUCCUAAAGACUUUUGUUUCCGUCCCUCGUGGUGGUUUGCUCACUCUCUGUGAAUCACGAAAGCGACAGUCUUCCUUUAAAUGCCCUCCUUUUCUGCAGAUGCUGCAGAACGAAUCAUUUCUUGAACUGACUCUUAAAGCAAGCUCUCUGGGCUGAUUUUUAUAAGUGUGUCUGUUGAAACUUUCUUUUUGCAAUCUCGCAAGUACAUAGUUUAAGCUUAGACUUUCUCUCAUUUCCAAAACAUGCACAAUGCUUGCAUAAGAUUGAGGAAGGCUGCUUAACAAAAUUAUUGCCAAAUCCUCAUCCUGGAUCUCCUUUCCAAGGGAUCUUAAUUUCUGUGUUAAUUCCAUGAAAUUUGCAAUAUGGUCUUUUAGUUGUUGCUGGGGCUGCAUCUGAAUUCGAUACAAUUGUCUCAAUAGCAAGAUUUUAGUUUUAAUUGAUUCUUGCCGGUUUAUUUGUAGAAGAGACUUCCACAUAUGUCCCGCCGUGGGCUCAUGAAUAACUCUUAACAAUUGUUUAUCAGUUAAAGCAUUAAUGAUAAUAGAUCUUGCCUUAUUAUCCUGCUUUAUCCAUUUGGCUUCAUUCUAUUGGUUUCCUGUUGGAUUUUCAUCUGUUACCGCAGACCAGAUGUCCAAUUGUAUGAGGUGCACCUAAUCCUUUCUGCCCAGAGAUCGUAGUUUCUCCCGUCGUCUAGCUGAAUGACUUGGAACCCCUGCUGUGCACUAUAGGAGUCGGCCAUCUUUCCUCUAUUGUCUGCCCUCUGUAUUUUAGCCUGCGGCUAUGGCAGAAGUUUUAUUGCUCUCUCUUAACUUCAGCUUGCGUUAAUUGCCUCUGUGGCCCAUAACCCUGUUAGAGCGAGUGUAAAAUAACGCUGUGGAAUAAACACUGAGCUGAUUAGAGAGGCAAAAGCUUUAUUUGGGGAAGUUACAUACUUGAGGGAAAGAGGGGGAGAGAGAGAGACCCUAGCUAUCUGACUACAUCUUGCAGAGAGAGAGAAGAAGUGCGGCAGGAGAGAGAAGAAGCAGGAUAUUGCCCUGUUAGGCCCAAUAGGAGACAAGACAAGGAAAUGACCCCCAGGAAACAAGAGAGGUACUGCUCUCACUAUCCUAAGUGAUCCUUGCUGCCCCCUGCAUGGUAGGCUCUUCUUCCUUCUUGCUGCUGCAAUACACCAGACAUUGCUAUUUCCAACAAGAACAACCUGAAUGGCUGUGGGAAAGCAGAAUAAAUAGGUGAGAAGAGUCUAUAUAGACGGUGCCCCUUCAAACAAUGUACCCUUUCUCAGUCUGAGAUCCGCAGUGUCCGUCUGUUGGAGAUAAUAAAAAAUACUUCCUAUUCUACA